AUGCAUCUUCCCCCCUCCCUCUCCGCCCCUUGUGCACGCAUCCUCCCCCCUCCCUCUCUGCCCCUUGUGCACGCAUCUUCCCCCCUCCCUCUCCGCCCCUUGUGCACGCAUCUUCCCCCCUCCCUCUCACCAGCCACGAUGGGUUCUUCCCAGCAGUUGACUCGCUCAUCCGUGCUAUCACAUUCUGCCACGUCUCUUUCCCUUCCUCUCCGCCCCUUUUGCUCCCGUUUCCCUUCUUCUCAACAGUCACCCUCUGUGUCCCCCCAUUGCCCCCAUUUCCCACCUCUUACUCAACAGCCACGACGAUCUUCCCUCCCUGCAGUCGACGCCCUCGUCCGCUCAAUCACCUUCUGCCCUGUCAAACAGAUCUACUUCCCCCUCUCCCACCUCUCCACGUCGCUACCUUCCCCUCUCCCUGCACCUCCUAAUGGUCUCCUUCCCUCCCUCUCCGCCCCUUCUGCACUCAUCUCCCCCCACCCCCUCUCAACAGUCAUGACGGGUUCUUCCCUGCAGUCGACGCCCUCGUCCGCGCAAUCACCUUCUGCCCUCCAUGACGGGUUCUUCCCUGCAGUCGACGCCCUCAUCCGCUCAAUCACCUUCUGCCCUGUCAAGCAGAUCUACUUCCCCCUCUCGCUGCACCUCCAAAACGGCUCCUUCCCCAACCGCUCCCCCUUAGACUGCCCUUCUAGCAGCAGCUUUAAAGGCCGCAGGGAUGGGCAGCAAGAGGAGGGGCAGAGAAAAGGGAAAAACGGGCAGGGAAAUGGGCAGAAGGAGGGGCUGGAAAACGGGCAGGAGGAGGGGCAGAAGGAGGAGAGGAAAGAGGAGGGAGCGUGUUUUGGAGACGUGGACCAGAAUGGGCGGUACAGGGAUCCACACUUCGUGGCGUUAAAGGUACAUGCUGUGGGACUAGUCAUUCAGUAA